AUGGCUCCGGCAAUGAAGUCCGCGAUGAAGUCCAAGGCCAUGAAGACCAAUGCCAAAGCCAUGACCAAGGCCCAGCUUGCCGACCAGCUCGCCACCAAGUCCGAGCUCAAGAAGAAGGAUGUCUUGUCGGUCCUGCAGAACCUUUCCGAAAUCGGUGCCAGCGAGGUCACCACUACCGGCAAGUUUGUUUUGCCCGGGCUGUGCAUGAUCAAGACUCGUGCCUGGGUUGAGGUGCAAGUCAAGGCGCAGAAGGCGAAGACGAUUGUGAAAGCGACGCCGCUGGCCGCACUCAAGAACCAGAUCUAG